CUCAACGAACAGUACAACUCAGCUUAAACCCGACAAGAUGGCUGCUUCCUCGUCCCUCAAGAUCUUUCUGAUUGGCGGCCACGGCAAGGUGGCGCUGCACUUCACGCGCGCCGCCCUCACCGCAGGGCACACGGUUGUCUCGCAGAUCCGCCAGUCUGCGCACGUCGAGGACCUCCCCAAGCCCUCGGCUCCCGGCUCGGGCAAGGUAGUUCCGCUCGUCUCGUCGCUCGAGGACCUGACUCCCAGCCAGCUCAUCGAAUACUUUAACGAGCACGAGCCAAACGUCGUCGUCUUCUCUGCCGGCGCCGGCGGCAAGGGCGGCGCAGAGCGGACGUUUGCCGUGGACCGCGAUGGGGCGGUCCGCGUCUUUGAUGCGCUCGAACAGUGGGGCACUGGCAAGCGCCAGGACUUCAAGCGCUUCCUCCUCGUCAGCGCCGUCGACAGCAGGGACACAAGCCAAAAGGUGGACUGGUACCGUCCGGAAGACUACGAGACUUCAAAGAAGAGCCACGAGGCCAUCGGAACGUACUACGAGGCCAAAUACCAGGCCGACAAGGAUCUGGCCAAGCGCUCGUCCUUUCCCUGGUUUGUCCUGCGGCCCUCGCGCCUCCUCGACGACGCCGGCACGUCAAAGGUGACCAUUGCGCGCCACCAGGCAAUUGGCACGCCUGUGCCGCGCGAAGACGUGGGCAAGGUCCUCCUUGCCCUCGCCGAGCUUCCAAAGGGCGAGGCCGACGGCCAGAUGUGGAACCUGACGGGAGGAGACAACGAGCUGCACGGUGAGGUGCAAGAGGCCGUCAAGAGGAACAGGACCGACUGGCUUGGUUGAAAGUAGCUAGAGUCCAUUGGAGAUAGCAAAAUCUUGGAAGAGGAAGAAAAGUAAAAGAAAGGGGCAGAGGAAGCACACGGUUGAUGCCAUUCCCCCUGCUGAG